CACUUGUUGACGCGGUUGACGUCAGAAUACUACGACACGGGACAGGAAGAGGCGCAGAAGGAAAAAAGAAUCAAGAUGGCAUCAGGUUCAGACCACGGGCUGAAAAGAAUAGUUUGGAAAAGAAUAAAAGACACAAUUAUUGCAGACUGCAGAAAAUCAGAAGUAUGGAAGAUAUUGAUUCUGGAUCCUUUCACCACCAAGCUCCUCUCAUCAUGCUGCAAAAUGUCAGAUCUGAUGUCAGAGAAAAUAACAAUUGUGGAGGAUUUGUACAAAAGCAGAGAGCCUGUUCUAGAAAUGAAGGCAAUCUACUUCAUGUCACCAACCGCUAAGUGUGUGGAUGCCUUUAUCGCGGACUUCAAGCCCAAACCCAAGUAUAAAGCAGCAUAUGUUUACUUCACUGACUACUGUCCUGAUGACCUGUUCAACAACAUGAAGCUGUACUGUGCAAAGUACAUACGAGUCUGUAAGGAAAUCAACAUGUCCUUCAUGCCACAAGAGGCACAAGUGUUCACAUGUGAUAAUCCGGGGGCUUUCCGAAGCAUCUAUAGUCCCAAAAGUUCAGACAAACAGAAGACACUGGAGACGCUCGCAGACCAGCUCGUCACGCUCUGUGCUACGUUGGAUGAGUACCCAGGAGUCAGAUACAAGAAAGAGAACAAUACGGAGAAUGCUAAAAUCCUUGCAGAGCUGGUGGACAGCAAACUGGCCACACACUACGAACUGGAUGACAGCGGCAAGAAAAAGGGAAAGACCCAGGCCCAGCUGCUGAUAGUGGAAAGAGGUUUUGACCCCGUCAGCCCCAUCCUACAUGAGCUGACCUACCAGGCCAUGGCCUAUGACCUCAUUGAUAUCCAGAACGACACCUACAAGUACAAGUCUAAAGAUGGCUCAGAGAAGCAGGCCGUGCUGAAUGAGGAUGACAUGCUUUGGGUUAAACUGAGGCACAAGCACAUCGCUGAGGUCUCAGAACAAAUCCCCAAAAUGGUAAAGGAAAUAUCUGCAAGCAAGAAGCAGCCAGAUGGGAAGAUCACAAUUAGUAACUUGGCCCAAAUGAUGAAGAAGAUGCCUUCAUUCCGUAAGCAGCUGACUGAGAAAACCAUUCAUCUGCAGCUGGCUGAAGACUGCAUGCAACAAUUCUCAAACAACGUGGAGAAACUCUGCAAAGCUGAACAGGACCUUGCAGUGGGGUCAGAUGUGGAUGGGGUGAAGGUGAAAGAUCCGAUGAGGACCCUGCUGCCUGUGCUGCUCCACCCGUACAGCACCCACGACAAGAUCAGAGCUGUGUUGCUCUACAUCUUCAGCCUCAAUGGAACAACAGAUGAGAACUUAAGCAAACUCAUCCAAUAUGUAAAGAUCGAGGAGGAACGAGAAUUUAUCCUGAACUGGAAAGAACUGGGCGUCCCUAUUAUCACAGCGCCUUCCAGUAUCUUCUCUCGCAAACAAAGCAGACGGGAUCGUUCUCAGGAGCAGACGUACAACCUCUCCAGAUGGACUCCUGUCAUAAAAGAUGUGAUGGAGGAUGCUGUGGAGAACAAACUGGACACCAGAGAGUGGCCACACCAGUCUGAGUGUCCUGCUGCCUGGAAUGGCUCCGGGGCUGUCAGCGCCCGUCAGAAGCACAAAGCGAGCGCUCAGGACGAGCGCCGGACCGGCUCCCGCCUCAUCAUCUUCAUUAUAGGAGGAAUCAGCUACUCAGAGAUGCGCUCCGCCUACGAGGUCACCCAGGCAGUCAAAUCCUGCGAGGUCAUCAUAGGGUCUUCCCACAUUUUGACCCCCACCAGUCUCCUGGAUGAUAUCAAGGGCCUGAGCAAAGGCCCCAUGGAGCCUUUCACUUUAGAGGAAAGGAGCAACGCCUGAGAAGUCUAGGCCUCCCAACUAACAACCUACCUAAACUCCCCCACCUGUCUCCCUACUUCUCAUAUUACUCAGCACAGUGCACUCAACUCAACUUCCUGAAUGGAAGACCGAAGGGAAUUAACCUUUAUACUUAUCUUUAUGUUUUAAUACUCUUUCCAAACCCAGUGCACAUUUACAGUAGGUAUGAGGGCAAAUUCUCUUCUAAGCAGAUUUCCUUAUUGAAAAGCUUUCACCGUAAGAAUGUGGCCUGCUUAUGGGGUUUAUAUAUAGCUUGAUUUUGACAUUUGAUUAUAUAGAUCAUAUUAAAAGUGAAUUGGCCUCAUCCUGCUGAGAGCUUUUUGAGUGACAACUGUCUAACUCACCAAUCCGUGUUUGCCUUCGUCCCUGAGAACAAUGCUGAUAAUGUUACAUGUUGAGCGAUCUCUGAGAAACUUUCAGAGACAGAAUGAUUGAAGGAAAGUAGCACAAAGCUAAUGUAUAUAAUGUAUGUAAGCACUGAAUCCCUUCUAUGCCAUUUUGACUUUUUCAGUCACUGCUGUUUAUAAACACUUAAUGUAAUUUGAAGAGUGUUUUAACAUAGAGUAUUUACGUUUUUCUUGUAUUGAACAACUGACUAAUAAAUGGAUGAAGUGGUUCACAAA